AUGGAUUCAUUUUUACAGCAUGCACUCGAAGCACUUCAUUCAAGUUGUAAAAAUAAAUGGAUUCUUGUAGUGGGAAAUGAAGCAUGUGAUCUAGAUAGCACAGCAUGUGCUCUGGCUUAUGGAUUCUAUAAGCAAAUAAAGCUUAAAGAUGAGUUCAUUGUUAUACCUGUAUGUAAUAUCAAUAGAGAAGAUAUGGUUUUACGUACUGAAGUCAACUUUUGGCUUACUCAAUGUGGUCUCAAAUGGGAAGAGUUAAUUUAUCUGGAUGAUGUUUUUGAUGAAACCCAUUCAAAAAUGAAUGAAAAUGAAUUAUUUUUGAUUCUAGUUGAUCAUCAUUUACCAACGGAAAAGUUUAAAAAAUGGCCAAUCAUUGAAAUAAUUGAUCAUCAUCAGUUAGUUAGUAGUGAGACUAUUGAAAAUUGUCCUUUUAAACAAAUUGAUCUUGUUGGAUCUUGUUCCACUCUGAUUACAUUCGAAAUUUUAAAAGAAAUGGAUGGUAGCCAUUUGCCAAGUAAUGUAUGGAAAUUACUUUAUGGUGCCAUACUUAUUGAUACCAUAGGACUUUCUAAUGCUGGUCAGCUGGCUGGACGACUAACAGCAUUAGAUUUUCGCAUGGCUAAUCGUAUUGAAGAUAUUAUUUACGAUCAGAUUUUCUCGCCAAAUGUCUCACGAACUUCCUUGUUUACUCAAUUGGAAACAGCGAAAUUUAAUGUUGACGGACUAUCUACAUGGGAUUUGUUACGUCGUGAUAUGAAAAUUGUUUCUAGUCCAACUAAAGAUGCAUUUCAGUUUGUAUGCUCCACUGUGUCUGGAGUUGAUUUCAAGAUGUUAAUUAAUUCAUCUGAUUUUACUGAAGCAGUCAGUCAAAUUUGUACUAAAUAUAAUGCUAAUUUACUUGCCUGCCUUACUGUUGGUUAUCCCGUACAAGAAAACUCGUCAAUACCUUCAUCCGAGUUAACAACUUUCCGAAGAAGAGCUUUAAUUUUGUACAGUAUGAAUUUUCCUGUUAAUUAUUAUAAUGAUCUAGUCAAAUUUCUAUUGGAUCCAAAGCUUAAUCUAGAUUUAAUUCCUCAGUCUAUCCCUGAUUUCAGUCAUUUUACAGCAAUCGUAAAUAAUGUCAAAAUUACACGUAAAACUCUACUACCUUUAUUGGUACAGUUUCUUCAACAAUUGGAAUCUUCAAGUGACACUGGUUCUUUUGACAAUAAUCCCACAAAUAAUAAUGAUGAUAAUGUUACAAUGAAAUCUCACACAAACAUUACUAUCUCAUCAGCAAAUAUUGAUAAUUCACAUUCUUUUGCUACAAAUCCCGAGUUUUCAUCGGAUCUACAUGAUAAAAUGAAAGAUACUACUGAAUUUCUUGCAAAAGAUGUCAUUCUUUCUCUGAAGAAAUGGCUUUUACCAUUACGUCCUCAUGAACGAUGUGAAUUUUUAAGGUCUUUUUGUCAAACCUCUAUGAAAGCAAAUGACAAUCCAUCACUGAACAUACUUAACAGUUUGUGGACUAGUCUUUGGCGUGGAUCAAGUAGAACUUCUAAAACUGGUAAAUCUGCCGUUGGUACACAAACACCUAUACCAAAAUUAGUGUGGUUAAAGUCACGUCAAACCAGACGUGUUGCAAGUAUGGUUCAAGGCAAUAGUUCAGCUAUAAAAGCAAUUUCAGGUAAAAUGAUAGGUUUCAAAACCACUCGACGUUUCACCUUAUCAGAUAUCAAAGAUCUUACAUUAUUUAAUGGAAAAAUAUCUAAAGCUCGAAUCGAUCUCUCAUCAUCACGUUUUACUCGUCGUAUAUCUGAUGAACAUUUAUGUGUUUCCGAUUCUGAAAAUACUAAACCAAGUUGGUUAGAGUUUAUUCCUCUUGACAAUAUUAUAUUUUGUGAAUAUCUCACAUGUUAUAGUUCAUGGAAUUCAUCGCAUAAAUUCUAUUUUAUAUAUUUGUGUUUGACUAAUAUUAUUCUUAAAUUUCUUUUUAAUUAUGGGCCUUAUAAAGUUAUCUUUUGCGGAUUUAGAAGUUAA